UGCGCGCGGCGGGCGAGAGGCUGAGGCAGCGCGCGCGGGGGCUGGAGGCGCUGCGGGAGACCUGCCGCCAGUACCCGCUGUUCUGCUGUAUCCUGCUGGGACUCAGCGCGGCCACCCUCCUGCUCAACCGGUAUCUUCACAUUUUAAUGAUCUUCUGGUCAUUUGUUGCUGGCAUUGUCACAUUCUACUGCUCAUUAGGACCAGAUUCUCUCUUACCAAAUAUUCUUUUUACAAUAAAAUAUAAACCCAAGCAAUUAGAACUGCAGGAGCUAUUUCCCCAAGGUCACAGCUGUGCUGUAUGUGGUAAUGUCAAAUGCAAAAGGCAUAGACCUGCAUUGCUUCUGGAAAACUACCAGCCAUGGUUGGAUCUACAAGUGUCUUCCAAGGUUGAUGCCUCUCUCUCAGAGGUGCUUGAACUGGUGCUGGAAAAUUUUGUUUAUCCAUGGUACAGGGAUGUAACUGAUGAUGAGUCCUUCGUAGAUGAGCUGAGAGUAACAUUGAGGUUUUUUGCAUCUGUAUUAAUUCACAGAAUUCACAAGGUGGAUAUUCCAUCUGUUAUAACAAAGAAAAUGCUAAAGGCAGCAAUAAAACAUAUAGAAGUCAUAGCUAAAGCCAGGCAGAAAGUGAAAAAUGCAGAAUUUUUACAGCAAGCUGCUUUAGAAGAAUAUGGACCAGAACUCCAUGUGGCUCUGAGGAGUCGAAGAGAUGAACUUCACUAUUUAAGAAAACUUACUGAACUUCUUUUCCCUUAUAUUCUUCCCCCGAAGGCAACAGACUGCAGAUCCCUGGCGUUGCUUAUCAGAGAGAUCCUGUCUGGUUCUGUUUUCCUUCCCUCCAUGGACUUCUUAGCUGACCCAGAUACUGUCAACCAUUUGCUUCUCAAAUUCAUUGAUGAUAGCCCACCUGAAAAAGCAACUGAGCCUGCUGCUUCUUUGAUUCCAUUCUUGCAGAAAUUUGCAGACCCUCGCAAUAAAAAACCAUCUGUCCUGAAGCUGGAAUUGAGGGAGAUUAGAGAACAGCAAGAUCUUUUGUUUCGCUUCAUGAAUUUUCUGAAACAGGAAGGGGCUGUACACGUCUUGCAGUUUUGUCUGACUGUAGAGGAAUUUAAUGACAGAAUUUUGCAACCAGAAUUAUCAGAUACUGAAAAAAUGUCUCUUCAUGAGGAGGUGCAGAAAAUCUACAAAACCUAUUGUUUGGAUGAAAGUAUUGACAAAAUUAGAUUUGAUCCUUUUAUCGUGGAAGAGAUUCAAAGAAUUGCUGAAGGUGAAUAUGUAGAUGUUGUGAAACUUCAAACUAUGCGAUGUCUUUUUGAAGCAUAUGAACAUGUUCUUUCCCUCUUAGAGAAUGUCUUUACCCCUAUGUUCUGUCACAGUGAUGAGUAUUUCAGGCAGCUCUUAAGAGGAGCUGAAUCCCCAACACGCAAUUCAAAGUUUAGCAGAGGUAGCCUGAGUUUGGAUGACUUUCGAGCCACACAGAAAAGAGGAGAAUCAUUUGCAAUCAGCAGAUUAGGCAGCAAAAUUAGAGGAGUAUUCAAGAGCAACACAAUGGAAGGAGCUGUGCUACCUAACUAUGGUUUAACUGAAGGAGAGGAUGAUUUUAUUGAAGAAGGCAUUAUGGUAAUGGAAGAUGAUUCUCCUGUGGAGACUGUUAGCACUCCCAAUACACCACGCAACCUUGCUGCAUGGAAAAUUUGCAUUCCAUAUGUGGACUUCUUUGAUGAUACCUCCCUUGAAAGGAAGGAGAGAAAAGAGAGAAUUCCUGUGUUUUGUAUUGAUGUGGAGAGAAACGAUAGAAGGGCAGUUGGACAUGAUCCUGAACGCUGGUCUGUCUAUAGAAGAUACCUUGAAUUUUAUGUGCUUGAGUCAAAGUUAACAGAAUUUCAUGGUACCUUUACUGAUGCUCAACUUCCAUCAAAAAGGAUCAUUGGUCCAAAGAACUAUGAAUUCUUAAAGACAAAGAGGGAAGAAUUUCAGGAGUACCUGCAGAAACUUCUGCAACAUCCAGAGCUGAGUAACAGCCAGCUUUUGGCUGACUUUCUGUCUCCCAAUGGUGGAGAGACACAAUUUCUUGAUAAAAUGUUGCCUGAUGUAAAUCUUGGGAAAAUUAUAAAAUCUGUUCCAGGAAAGCUAAUGAAAGAGAAAGGUCAGCAUUUGGAGCCAUUCAUCAUGAAUUUCAUUAACUCCUGUGAAUCUCCCAAGCCUAAACCAAGUAGACCAGAGCUUACAAUUCUCAGUCCCACUUCUGAAAACAACAAGAAGCUUUUCAGUGAUCUGUUCAAGAACAAUGCAAACCGCUCUGAGAAUACAGAGAGAAGACAAAAUCAGAACUACUUUAUAGAGAUGAUAACAGUAGAAGGAGUCUAUGACUACUUAAUGUAUGUUGGUAGAGUUGUUUUCCAUGUUCCUGACUGGCUGCAUCACCUCUUGAUGGGGGGAAGAAUUCUCUUCAAAAACACAUUGGAGAUGUACACAGACUACUAUCUACAGUACAAAUUAGAACAGCUAUUUCAGGAGCACCGCUUGGUAUCGCUGAUAACGCUCCUGAGAGAUGCUGUGUUUUGUGAGAAUACUGAACCUCGCUCUCUUCAAGAUAAACAGAAACGAGCAAAGCAGACCUUUGAAGAAAUGAUGAGAUACAUUCCAGAUCUGAUAGGCAAAUGCAUUGGAGAAGAUGCCAAGUAUGAAGGCAUCAGACUUCUGUUUGAUGGACUGCAGCAGCCAGUGCUUAACAAGCAGUUGACUUAUGUUCUGCUGGAUAUUGGGAUACAAGAACUGUUCCCAGAACUCAAUAAGGUUCAGAAGGAAGCUACCUCUGUAUCAUCGUGGAUGUAAAAGCUGGAGCUUGGAUGAACACCAAAUGGAAAUGUCUGCAGUGCACUAAUUUAAUGGAUGUGAAACAUUUUAGUCUUGAACUGUAUAUUUUCUUGUAAAUAACAGUGCAAUUUAACUUCUGAAGAUCUGUUUGCUUAAUAAAGAUUAAUUCAGAUUUAAUCCUGAUUGAAAUUAAAGAACUUUGUCUGCUAUUUGAACUCGUUACCCUUCUCCUCAAAAGUGUAACUAUUGCUAAUAGACAAAAUACUCAUUUUACAAAAAAUUGUCAGUAUAGGAGAGAAUAUGGUAAUGUUUCUUGUACACUGAAAAGCAGACGUGUAGAGGACCAAACCUAAAUGUGUACUGAUAAAAACAAAGGGGUCAUCUUCCUGAAAAGAUAUUUUGAAAAACUCUGCGAAGAUUUUUGUGGGGAAGUGGCUUUGAUAUAAAUUUAGCUUUGCUAAAGUAAGGUUGUAAAAUAUUUCUAAAAUUUUCCCCAAAACAAAUCUCCAUGUCUC